AUGACGACCAACUUCCUCAGGCGAUCCACCAGGAUUCUUGUCCUGAACCCCAACUCAUCUGCUUCCAUGACCCAUGGGGUAGAGGAAGCUCUACACGGCAUUGACAUUUCCGAGGGGGUCGAAAUUUAUACCUACACAGCCCCGUCCGAAAGUCCGGCGAGUAUCAACGACGGCGACGACGUAAUCAACAGCUGCAAUGUGGUGUACCAAAAUGUCACCGAUUCGGGCGUUUUGAAGCAGUAUGAUGCCGUUCUAGUCGCCUGCUACAGCGUCCAUCCACUGGUCGAGGCACUCGCCGGUCUGCAAGGCAGUCGGGGAAAGCUGGUUGUGACGGGCAUCUUUGAAGCCAGCGUGCUAGCUUCUCUCUCGUUGCUUGUCACUCCGUCGAUGGGCGGGGUUUCUCCGCGAAAAUGGGGAAUAGUAACGACAGGAAAAUUUUGGGAAGCACACCUGACAGAAGGUGUAAACAAAUUCUUGGGCACAAGUUCUCAAUCCGUUAACGCCAAGUUUGCUGGCGUCCAGUCAACCGGUAUGACAGCGGGGGAUUUCCACGGCGGUAUUGACCCAGCGGUCAUUCGACAGAAACUUGCGGACGCCACAAACAGGCUGCUGGAUCAAGGCAACGUGGACUGCGUGGUGAUGGGUUGCGCAGGAAUGGCAGGUCUUGAGGAAAUCAUCCGAGCAGCGGCGAUCGAGAGGUACGGCUCCGAGCAGGGGGCACAAGUACUCAUAAUGGACGGUGUAAAGGCUGGGAUCGGACUGCUAGAGCAAAUGGUUCGAAACAAAAGAAUGUUUCAAGCAUGA